AAACAGUAAUCAGGCGGGCAAAAACCAGAAAAUACAGAACCAGCAAAAAGGCAAAGACAGCGAAGGAGAAGAGAACUGUCCCCUCCUUCUUCCCCGUUCUCCCUCCGAUACGACGUCGCACUGAACCAUGUCUUACGACUACCUCUUCAAGUACAUCAUCAUCGGCGACACAGGUGUCGGAAAAUCUUGCUUGCUGUUGCAAUUCACGGAUAAGAGGUUCCAGCCUGUGCAUGAUCUUACCAUCGGUGUCGAGUUCGGAGCUCGAAUGGUCACCAUCGAUGGUCGUCCUAUCAAGCUCCAGAUUUGGGACACCGCUGGGCAAGAAUCUUUCAGAUCGAUCACUAGGUCUUACUACAGAGGAGCAGCUGGAGCGCUUCUGGUCUAUGACGUAACCAGGAGGGAGACAUUUAAUCAUCUUUCGAGCUGGCUGGAGGAUGCCCGGCAACAUGCAAAUCCUAACAUGACGAUCAUGCUCAUAGGGAACAAGUGUGAUCUGUCGCACCGAAGAGCUGUCAGCAAAGAGGAAGGAGAGCAAUUUGCAAAGGAGAAUGGGCUUUUAUUCUUGGAGGCAUCUGCAAGGACAGCACAAAACGUCGAGGAGGCCUUCAUAAAGACUGCUGCAAAGAUUCUUCAGAAUAUUCAGGAAGGCGUAUUCGAUGUAUCUAAUGAGUCAUCCGGCAUCAAGGUUGGAUAUGGCCGGCCCCAGGGUCAAUCAGGCUCGGGCGGAACGGUUGCUCAGAGAGGCGGAUGUUGCAGCUGAUUAGAACAGAAAUAGACUCUGUAUUCACUCCGUUUGUGCAAUUCAUCAGUGCUUUGGACAUACUCUCUCAACUGUGAUGCUGCUACUUUGUGAAAAACAUUGAAUGUAUAGAGUUCUUGGAUAGUUUUCAUUUUCUUUUCGGUUUCGCCGUUUUAAAUGCUGAAAUAUUUCUCAACA